AUGGACGAGAAGUAUGUCAACAAAAAUCUGGGACCUCUUGAAAAAUGCCAAUCCAGCGAGAGUUCAGAGGAAGGAAACAACAGUGGGCUGAGCUUCGAGGAGCUCUACCAGGAACGCCUACAACAUGGUCAUGAACAAGCACGGAGAAGAAGCUGUACGAGAGGAUGUGUUUUAAACUCCCUGAAUAACAACUUCCUGCAAACACUGAAUCAAGCCUGGAAUGACCACCAGACGGCUAUGGUGAUGAUCAGAGACAUCUUGAUGUACAUGGACCGGGUGUAUGUUCAGCAGAAUAACGUAGAGAACGUCUAUAAUCUAGGUCUCAUCAUCUUCAGAGACCAGGUGGUUCGUUACGGCUGCAUUCGGGACCAUCUGCGGCAGACCUUACUCGACAUGAUUGCCCGUGAGAGGAAAGGGGAGGUGGUGGACAGGGGUGCCAUUCGUAAUGCUUGUCAGAUGUUGAUGAUUUUGGGCUUGGAAGGACGAUCCGUUUAUGAAGAGGAUUUCGAGGCCCCCUUCUUAGAAAUGUCUGCUGAAUUCUUUCAGAUGGAAAGUCAAAAGUUUUUAGCCGAGAACAGUGCGAGCGUGUACAUAAAGAAAGUGGAGGCACGGAUAAACGAGGAGAUCGAGCGAGUGAUACACUGUCUGGAUAAAACCACGGAGGAGCCGAUUGUGAAGGUGGUGGAGAGGGAGCUGAUCUCCAAACACAUGAAGACCAUCGUAGAGAUGGAGAACUCUGGCCUGGUGCACAUGCUCAAGAAUGGGAAGACAGAAGAUCUGGCCUGCAUGUACAAGUUGUUCAGCAGAGUGCCGAACGGCCUGAAGACCAUGUGUGAGUGUAUGAGCUCCUAUCUGAGGGAGCAGGGCAAAGCUCUGGUGUCUGAGGAAGGAGAAGGCAAGAACCCCGUUGACUACAUCCAGGGUCUUCUAGAUCUGAAGUCACGGUUUGAUCGCUUCUUGCAAGAGUCCUUUAACAACGACCGUUUAUUUAAGCAGACCAUUGCAGGGGACUUCGAGUAUUUCUUGAACCUCAACUCUCGCUCACCCGAGUAUCUCUCACUCUUCAUUGACGAUAAGCUGAAGAAAGGAGUGAAAGGACUGACGGAGCAGGAGGUGGAGUCGAUCUUGGAUAAAGCCAUGGUGCUGUUCAGGUUCAUGCAGGAGAAGGACGUGUUCGAGCGCUACUACAAGCAGCACCUGGCCAGAAGACUGCUCACCAACAAGAGCGUGUCUGACGACUCCGAGAAAAACAUGAUCUCGAAGCUAAAGACGGAGUGUGGCUGUCAGUUCACAUCUAAACUGGAAGGCAUGUUCAGGGACAUGAGCAUCUCAAACACAACUAUGGAUGAGUUUCGGCAGCAUCUUACGACGACAGGGGUGUCUUUAGGUGGUGUCGACCUCACAGUGAGGGUGCUAACGACGGGAUACUGGCCGACCCAGUCAGCGACUCCCAAGUGUAGCAUCCCCCCUUCACCAAGACAUGCUUUCGAGGUCUUUAGAAGAUUUUAUUUGGCCAAGCACAGCGGUAGGCAGCUCACAUUGCAGCAUCACAUGGGUUCAGCAGACCUCAACGCCACUUUCUACGGGCCGGUCAAAAAGGAGGAUGGCUCGGAUAUGGUCGGCGGGGCUCAGGUCACAGGCUCUAAUGCCAGGAAACACAUCCUGCAGGUUUUCCACAUUCCAGAUGACGAUCCUCAUGCUUUUCAACAACCGAGAGAAAUCCACAUUCGAGGAGAUCCAGCAGGAGACGGAUAUCCCGGAGAGAGAGCUGGUGCGGGCGCUGCAGUCUCUGGCCUGUGGAAAGCCCACACAGCGAGUCCUCACCAAAGAACCCAAGUCUAAAUAGAUCGAGAGCGGCCACGUCUUCACUGUCAAUGACCAGUUCACCUCCAGACUGCACAGAGUCAAGAUUCAAACAGUUGCAGCCAAACAGGGAGAAUCGGACCCUGAGAGGAAGGAGACGCGACAGAAAGUGGAUGAUGACAGGAAACACGAGAUUGAGGCGGCCAUCGUUCGGAUCAUGAAGUCCAGAAAGAAGAUGCAGCACAAUGUUCUA